AUGACUAAGUUAAUAUUUGAAUUAGUAUUUUUAUUAUUUUUAUAUAAUCAAAAAAAAUGCUUUGCUCAAGAAAAAGAAGAUCAAACACUAUCUUCUUCUGCAGGCUAUUGUGCAUUAUAUAGAGGUGAAAUAUGUAAAGAUUAUUUGGUUGGUAGUGGAUAUGUAUGGUUUAAUAAAUCCCACGAUGGAGGAUGGCUCAAUGAGCAAAUAACCACUAAUUUGUGGAAGGAAAUUAUUGUAAGUCUUAAGGAGCCUUGUUUGAGUGCAGCUAAGAAAUUACUAUGUGCUUAUGCUUUUCCUCAGUGUUCUCUACAAGAUAACAAUGCUAUUGGUUUGCCACUUUGUGCAGAAGACUGUACAGCAGUAAAGCAUUUAUUUUGUCAUAACGACUGGGCUCUUAUAGAUUACAAUAAACGCAGAGGUAUUUACCUGAAAUCAAAAGGACAUUUUACUCUUCCCAAUUGUGAAAAUUUACCUUCAUUUAAAAAUGCUAAAAAACCAAUUUGUUCACAUGCUAAGUUAACUGAAAUGCCUAAAGAAGAAAUAACAUAUGAUUGCAUAAAAGGUCGAGGAAGAUUUUACCAAGGAAAUAUUAAUCACACUCAAGAUGGCAUUUUGUGUCAACGAUGGGAUUCUCAAGAACCUCACAUACAUUUAAGACCGCCUAAUGUUUUUCCAGAAAUAGAAAAUGCUGAAAACUUUUGUAGGAAUGCAGGUGGAGAGGAACCCACACCUUGGUGCUACACAGUUAAUUCCUCUAUUCGAUGGCAGCAUUGUUCCAUUCCUGUAUGUGAAAAUUCGACAGGUUUUAAAGUGAAUUCGGAAAAUAAUUUUUUUUCGCCAUUUUUACUCACUCCUUACAACAUUUUAAUUUUUGGAGCGGUGGGAUGUGCUUUUCUUAUUGUAAUCCUAUUGAUUUGCGUACUCUUUCGAAAAAUUCGUAAAUACCAAAGCGGGUAUAAUAAUCCUAAUUUAAGAGACAUUAAUAUUGAUCUUGAAGAACUUCCGAGUAAUCAAGCCUAUCACAAAACGGGAGCACAAUUAAAUCCAAAAUUAGAAAAACUAGAAUUUCCUAGAAAUGAUAUUAUUUUUAUUCGUGAUUUGGGACAAGGUGCAUUCGGAAGAGUUUUCCAAGCCAAAGCUCCCGGUUUGGUUAAAGGAGAAGAAUUCACAUUGGUGGCAGUUAAAAUGUUAAAAGAUGAAGCCUCGCCCGAUUUGCAAGUCGAUUUCGAAAGGGAAGCUUGUUUGCUCGCCGAAUUCGAUCAUCCGAACAUAGUAAAACUUCUCGGUGUUUGUGCCAUCGGGAAACCGAUGUGCUUGUUGUUCGAAUACAUGGGACGGGGAGACCUGAACGAAUUCCUUCGAUCAUGUUCUCCGAGCAAUUACAUCGUGCGGAGCGUCGACGAUUCCGGUGAUUUUUUCAAAGACGUCAGACUUCAAACCUUAGAUUUAUUGAGCAUCGCGAAACAAGUUGCUUCGGGAAUGGUUUAUUUAUCCGACAGAAAAUUCGUACACAGAGAUCUCGCGACGAGGAAUUGCCUUGUCGACGACAACAUGUCUGUUAAAAUAGCGGAUUUCGGUCUGUCGCAAAAAAUAUACUUGCAAGAUUAUUACAAGGGAGACGAACACGAUGCCAUACCGGUUAGAUGGAUGCCGUUGGAGUCCAUCUUAUUCAACAAGUACACAGUCGAGACUGAUGUUUGGGCCUACGGAGUCUGUCUCUGGGAAAUUUUUUCAUUCGCUCUUCAGCCCUACUACGGAAUGAAUCACGAAGAAGUCGUCAAGUACAUAAAGGAGGGUAAAAUGUUAUCGUGUCCCGAUAACACCCCGUGGCAAGUAUACGAAUUAAUGAAGCAAUGCUGGAAUAGAAAGCCUCAGGGUAGACCAUCGUUCAGAAUGAUUUGUCAGACCCUUGAUAGCAUCAAAGAUGAAUUAACCAAAGGUAUGAACAGUUUAUACAUAAGUCGCUAA